CGCCACAACCACAAGUGCAGCCUCAAUUGCCGCCACCACGAAGAGAGCCUGUCCAAUGCAACGAAAGAAUAGCAGAAAUGAAUAGAAGAAGAAACGAAAGUCCAUCAAAAACCAUCGCUCGCCAACGCAUCGCCGAAUACUUCAAACAAUAUUGUUCCGAAGGUCGUUUCGGUUGA